AUGGUGGAUUUUAAUUGUCUCUUGGCAGCUCUCUUCAUCUUUUUGGGUAACACCCUGUUGGUGAUCUACUAUGCCAUUGAAAAGAACCGAGAGCACUGGGACCAAUACGCCUAUUCACAGUUGAAUGCUGAUUUCCUCUUGACAGAUUGGGAAUGGCGUCGCCAGAAUCGACAACUCGAAGUGGCUGGAAAAAUGAUUACCGCCGCAUCCUGGGUGAUUCUGACGGCGCCUGUCAUGCAUCUUUGCGUCGUUCAAUCCAUGGGUGGUGACCGCAAGCUAGGGUUGCAUGUGGCCUGUGUCUGCUUUGCCUUGGGUGGUGCCAUUAUCGAAGUCACUGCGCAAUUGAUGCACAUGGGAGCCUUUAAUGCUGCCGAUUGGGUCUCGGUCGAAUUUACCCUGGAAAACUGGCACACUCAAGGUGACAAGGUUGGAUGGCAAGCCUUGGAAGUCUCCUGGCGAAAUGCGGCUUCAAUGACUCUGUGGGUCGAUAGUGUCGAGUAUCUGGCACUUUCGUUCAUGUUCCUCUGUAUCUUUUGGUCCGUCAAUACCAUGGGCAAUUUGCCAAACAGCAUUGGAAUGGCCAUGGGAGGAUUUGCCUUCUUUAUUGGAGUUCUGUCCAUGGCCGAUUUUGUGGCCUAUGUGGUUCGCUUCAAGUUCUGGGAAACGGCGUCUUUGAUUGGACGCAUCAUUUCGGUGAUGAAUCGAGUCAUUUUUGUGCCCUUAUUCUUUGUCUGUCUGUCUUGCACAUUGCCUGCUGCCACACGGGCUCACCUGCAGGAUGAACAAAGCAAGAGAAGUGGUGUGUCCAUGCCCGCAACUGGAGAUGAGAGGCAUAUUGAUUAG